GAAAAAAGGGGUUGGUCCCUCCUCCCUCUUCAAAAUUUCUUGGACCCAAUAUAUUAACGCCAUGCUCUGUUCUGCUCUGCUCCACAGUACACAGUCAAGGGGGCGUGUGAGUAUUCAAAGUGGAAGCUGCUCCCCCGCCCUGUAGCGGUGACUCAAAUAGGAAAAGGGCAUCUUCGAGACUCAUCCUCAUCACCCCACCCACCAACCAACGAGAGUGUCCUCCCAUGGCCACCCCAUCCAACCCCAUCAUCCUCCUCCUCCUCUUCGUUCUCGCUGCCGCCGCCAUGUCCCCGGCCACCGCCACCGACCACAUUGUCGGCGCCAACCGCGGAUGGAACCCGGGCAUCAACUACACCCUCUGGGCCAACAACAACACCUUCUACGUCGGCGACCUCAUCUCGUUUAGGUACCAGAAGAACCAGUACAACGUGUUCGAAGUGAACCGGACGGGCUACGACAACUGCACGACCGAAGGAGCCAUCGGCAAUUGGAGCAGCGGCAAGGACUUCAUCCUGCUCAACAAGGCCAAGCGGUACUUCUUCAUCUGCGGGAACGGCCAGUGCUUCAACGGCAUGAAGGUCUCCGUCCUCGUCCACCCCCUGCCCCCUCCGCCGUCCGCCUCCGUCUCCGCCGGCAAUUCGUCCUCCGCUUCCGCCGAUCACAGGGUCCUCGGAAACGGGUCCCUGGGUUCUCGGGUUCUCGUUGCUCUCGUGGGGUCGGUUUGGAUAGGGAUAGGAUCUGGAUGGUUCUUCUAGGGGGAUAGAGAUGUUCCCCUCUCUCUCUCUCUCUCUCUCUCUCUCUAUCUCUAUCUGGGUCUUGUCCUGUGUGAUGGGAGGUUUAUGACUGCUUAAUUAUCUUUUCGUUUUGGUUAAACCUGGCUUAUGAUUUCCGGAAUUGGAGCUUGGCCUGCUAAUUUGCCCACUUAUCUAUAGGCUAUAGCUAUGAAUUAGAAAUAGGCUUUUAGCUAUCUUGUCCAUGAAAUUCAGUCGUUCCAUUGCAGAAAAAGCAAGGUUUAUUCUUUUAAUUCAUUUGGAGCACCAA